CACCCCAGCCAAACAAAACUACUAAACCAGAAUAAUCAGAGUGAAAUUUGAACAAGGCGGAAAAAGAGGAUGAGCAGCGGGGCGAAGCUACCGACGACGGAAGCGAAUGUGUUAAAAGGACACGAAGGAGGCGUGUUAGCUGCCCGUUUUAACAGCGACGGUAACUAUUGCCUCAGCUGCGGUAAAGACGGCACCAUUCGUUUAUGGAACCCUCACCGUGGCAUUCACAUCAAAACCUACAAAUCUCACGGCCGUCAAGUUCGCGAUGUCCACGUCACUCCGGAUAACUCUAAAUUAACUUCGUGUGGUGGUGACCGCCAAGUUUUUUAUUGGGAUGUAGCAACUGGACAUGUCAUUAGAAAGUUCGCUGGUCAUCAUAGUGAGGUGAAUGCUGUUAAAUUUAACCACUAUGCAUCUGUGGUUGUCUCUGCUGGCUAUGAUCGUUCACUGCGUGUAUGGGAUUGUAGAUCUCACAGCACUCAACCAAUUCAGAUCAUGGACACAUUUUCAGAUAGUGUCAUGUCCCUUUGUUUAACGAAAACUGAAAUUAUUGCUGGUAGUGUUGAUGGAACAGUAAGAACAUUUGACAUUCGUAUUGGUAGAGAAAUUUCUGAUGACCUAGGACAACCAGUCAAUUGCAUCACACUUUCUAAUGAUGGUAACUGUGUCCUGGCUAGUUGCCUGGAUUCAACUUUACGUCUGAUGGACCGAUCGACUGGUGAAUUACUACAAGAAUACAAAGGCCACACUUGCAAGUCAUUCAAAAUGGAUUGCUGCCUCACAAACACGGAUGCACAUGUAGUUGGUGGUUCAGAGGAUGGCUCCAUUUUUUUCUGGGAUUUGGUAGAUGCAUCAGUUGUCUCCAGUUUUCGAGCUCAUUCCUCAGUGGUAACAAGUGUGAGUUAUCACCCAAAGGACAACUGCAUGAUAACUGCUUCAGUAGAUGGCACAAUCCGGGUUUGGAAAAGUUGAGCACAAUUAGGUACCGAUUUAAUACAAAAUAUGAUUCUCGUGUUAUCUGUAACAUUAUACAUACACAGUUGAUUGAUGAGGUUGUCCACAGCUGGUCAGCUUGGAUAAUGGAUAUCAAGUUCCAUCCUGUGUCAUUUUUGAACCAUUCUGUUUAAUGUUAUAGAUAAUCGAACGUAAAAUGAGUAUAGACCGUGUGUUUGUUGCA